AUGGCAGCCACGAGACGGUUACUUCAGUGUGCAUCCACGAGGAUUUCAUCCGCCGGAGCACGGCGUAACUAUGCCGGUUUACCGCAAUCGAACUCUAAAACUCCGUCUUCUUCUCAGCGAUUGAUAGAAUUGGAAUCCGAUUUCAGCGCCCACAAUUACCAUCCUGUUCCGGUUGUGUUCUCUCGCGCAAAUGGAUCAACCAUAUGGGACCCUGAAGGAAAGCGAUACAUCGAUUUUCUUGCAGCUUACUCUGCUGUGAACCAGGGACAUUGCCAUCCAAAGAUCAUCAAGGCACUGCAAGAACAAGUGGAGAAGCUCACUCUAAGCUCACGAGCAUUCUACAACGACAAAUUCCCGGUUUUCGCACAGCGUCUCACCAACAUGUUCGGUUACGAGAUGGUGCUUCCUAUGAACACCGGUGCUGAAGGUGUCGAAACCGCUUUGAAACUAGCGAGAAAAUGGGGUCACGAGAAGAAAAACAUCCCCAAAGAUGAGGCUAUUAUCGUCUCUUGUUGUGGCUGCUUUCAUGGUCGUACGUUAGCAGUUAUCUCCAUGAGUUGUGACAACGAUGCUACUCGUGGAUUCGGGCCAUUGUUGCCCGGUAAUCUCAAAGUUGAUUUUGGUGACGCUGAUUCGCUUGAGAAGGUCUUUAAAGAGAAAGGAGAUAAAAUCGCGGGGUUUCUUUUCGAGCCUAUUCAAGGCGAAGCUGGAGUUAUUAUUCCUCCGGAUGGUUAUUUGAAAACUGUUAGAGAACUCUGCACGAAGUACAACGUUUUGAUGAUAGCUGAUGAAGUACAAAGCGGUCUUGCGAGAUCUGGAAAGAUGUUAGCUUGUGACUGGGAAGAUAUCCGUCCUGACAUGGUGAUUCUUGGGAAAGCAUUAGGUGGAGGAGUGAUUCCAGUGAGUGCAGUGCUUGCUGAUAAAGAUGUGAUGCUUCAUAUCAAACCUGGUCAACACGGCAGCACAUUUGGUGGGAACCCUUUAGCUAGUGCUGUAGCUAUGGCUUCUCUAGAUGUUAUCGAGGAAGAGAAACUCGUCGAAAGAUCAGCGAGUCUUGGAGAGGAGCUGAGGAUUCAACUGAAUGAAAUCAAGAAACAGUUUCCGAGUUACAUAAAGGAAGUACGAGGAAGAGGAUUGUUCAAUGCGGUUGAGUUCAAUAGCGAAAGCUUAUCUCCAGUUUCAGCUUACGAUAUAUGCUUGAGCUUGAAGGACAGAGGAGUGUUGGCUAAACCGACUCACAACACCAUUGUCCGGUUAACUCCACCACUCUCCAUAAGCUCUGAUGAACUCCGACAAGGCUCUAAGGCUCUUCACGAUGUUCUUGAAGUCGAUCUUCCAAAUCUGCGGAAAAUCAAUGCCGGUAAAGCCCCGGUUUCUCAUUUAACCGAGUGUGAUCGCUGCGGAAGAAACCUCUAUGCUUGA